AUGGCGUCUGCUGCCGGCGCAGCUAAUAGAGUGCUGAGAGUCACUGGACCGAUACUCCUACCGGCUGUCGCUUAUGGUGUCUACAAAGGGAACGUGAUGGCAAUGCUUCAGUCUUUCUUUACAGGCCCCGGUAGGACGAGUCGUGUUAUAGCUCUAGUAAUCGUACUUGUGAAUUGGAAAAGCCUACCUUUUGCGUGGACUUUCCGCGUUUUCGGCGCCAUGAUAACGCACAUAGGUCUUAGACGCUUUCAUACACACACUCCCGACCAACUCUUCCACCCAAUAAUCACGCCAUCUCAUGUUUCGCUGCUCGAAGUCGAUUAUAAUAUCCACAAGUCUAACUCGACCUACUUCGCCGACCUUGACGUCAGCCGUUCUCAACUAGUCUCCCACUUAUUCGCGCGCGGCUGUCGCGAGCUUGCAAAUAAUACCUCAACACGUCUUGUGAUAGAUCCAUCAGACCCUUCGAAACCGGCCAAGGGCAAAUUCGGCGUUAUGCUCGGUGCUGUGCAAUGCAGCUUCAAGAAGGAGCUACAGCCGUAUCAAAAAUAUGAGAUGUGGUCUCGUGUCCUGAGUUGGGAUCGCAAAUGGCUUUACAUUGUAACGCAUUUUGUUGAGCAUGGUGCCGUCAAACCGCGGUCUUGGGACGAGGGAAGCUUUGGCACGACAAGGAAAGACAAAGGGAAGGUUGAGGAUUGGGAGAAGAAGAUACAUGCUACAGCCAUUAGCAAGUAUGUAUUCAAGAUCGGACGGUUAACAGUACAUCCCGCUAUCCUUAUCGACGCCAGUGGAAUGCUACCAGAGCGGCCUGACGGUUGGGUCACUACAGAGAACGGAAUGGCGCCUCCAUCUCAUCUGAUCACUGGUCAUGCCGUUAGUGAAGCUGAAGCUAAGGAAGGACAUGGCAACUGGGAUUGGAAGCGAACGGAAGAAUUACGUAAGAAAGGUUACGAGUUUGCAGCACAUUUCGCGGCGCUAGAUGGUUUACAAAGCCAAUUUGAUAGCGGUGAAGAUGGGGCUCUUGGUAGAUUUGGCCUCGCAUGA